AUGGCUAGAAGAGUGGCAAACAAGUUCCAGUCGGACGGCGACGGCGCCGGCUACCCGGAGCAGCGCUGGGGCUUCUGGGCGCUGGUGGCGCAGAAGCCGAUUCAGGAUGAGAAACCAGAGGAGUGCGUGAUGCUCGAGGUUGAGAAGAAAGAGGGCCAGCUCCUGGGCAUCUCAACCAUUGACGUGGAAGGAAUGUGUGUGGUGUCGGACAUCGUCGACGGUCCGGUCAAGGCAUGGAACGAGGCAAAUCCAGACAAGGUCCUCAAGAUUCAUGACUGCAUCACAGAAGUCAACGGCGUCAAGGAUUCCUAUGAAAACAUACUCAAUGAGCUGCGGAAGUUCCAGAUACACAAAAUCGUGGCAAAGAAGACCAAGAUCCCCUUCUGCUCGCAAGGACACGUGCUGAGGCCAGAUCCCCGCGUGUUUAACAGUUGUGACGUGUGCGGCGUGUCGGGAACCGAGUGGCGGUGUCCUUCCGGCUGUGACUACGACAUGUGCCUGAGCUGCUACCGUGACGUGACGGGUGGCGACGUCUCUAGUCCUGUAGAGGAUGUAGACGCCUUCGCGCAGAGGCGAGUGGAGGUGGUGUGCCGGGGUGAAGGCAAUCAGUCCGACCCACAGGUCGAGCGCGAUAGCUGGGACGAGCAGCGCCUCCGCAAACUCUGCGCACGACAUGGCUGGGACUUCGAAUGGAUGACGGAGGACGGCGAGCGGCGGCGCCGUGCCGACGAGCGGCUCACAGAAUGGAAGCUUGAGGAGUCCAUGGCUGCCUUCUUGCAAGAGGACGCACAGGAGCCCGACCAGCAAAACAUGAAGCCAGUCGAGGAAGAGGCCGAACCUCCGAAAUUGCUCCGCGUGGCCUCCUGA